AUAAAACCACCGCAUCACCAUUCUGGAGUCAGUUUGCUCGUGUCAUCGGGCACGACAACUGUUUAUUGGAACUGACUACAUGGAUAGUUUCAAACAGUAAACAUGUAUUUGGUUACUCAGGCGAUUAUUUUACUAUUAGCAACGUAUCUCAGUGACGCUGGGUAUGGGAUACCGGCACCGGCAUCAUCAUAUGGCGAUCAGUAUGGACAAUCCGAUGUGCAAGCUCCAGAUUACGUGCCUCCAUAUUUAAAGAACCAACGAUUUGGAUAUAGUGGUACCAAAACUGGCUACGGUGGUACCAAGACUGGUUACGGUGGUACCAAAACUGGUUAUGGUGGUACCAAAACCGGUUAUGGUGGUACCAAGACCGGUUAUGGUGGAACCAAGAACAGUUAUGGUACUGGCUACGGUGGAACCAAAAAUGCUUAUGGGACGAAAUCGAAAUAUUCGGAGACUAAGACCUGGUAUUCAAAUAAUGGUGGCAUGCCCAACUAUAAUGAAUUCCAGAACAACGCCAAUGCGCCGUACCAGCCUAAAUGCGACAUUGAGUGCAAAAACGGCGGCAUCUGUGUGGACACGAACACGUGCCAAUGUCCGUCGAACUACCGCGGCAAGUAUUGCGAGUUCGCGAAGGUGCCGUGCCUGUCUUACCCACCGCUGCCCAUGAACUCGCAGAGGAAAUGCACGUCUGAACUUUGCACAAUAACGUGCAUGGAAGGCCACAAAUUCAUAGACGGGUCUACGAUAGCCAACAUGCAAUGUAUGGACGGCCAGUGGCAGCCGACUCGAGCUGACUUCUCCACCAUCCCUGAUUGUCUGCCGGAGUGCAGCCCGCCGUGUCAGAAUGGAGGAGUCUGUUUGUCAGUCAAUAUGUGCGAGUGCCCUGCUGACUUUAGAGGACCUCAGUGCCAGUAUUCUGUUUCCGCCUGCGACGUUAGAAAGCUAGCUUUCAACGGCGCGUACGACUGCUUCGGCGACAGCGACUCGUCCAGCUGCGUGCUGACGUGUCCAGCGGGCAGCACGUACAGCUCGCCGCCCGCUGAGCUGUACACGUGCCAGUAUGCUACUGGAGUGUUCGAGCCCCAGCCGAUACCGCAUUGUGUUUAUCCUGAAGUGGUUGUAAUUACACCAGGCAGUCACAGACACAACACUACUUACACGUACUACUCUGAAACGACAAGCGAGCACGGUCACCGAGAGAUGACAAGUGAGAGUCACACGCAUAACACUCACCCUGACGACUCGCUCGACUCGAACUCGCACACGGGUCACGGCAAACAUACCACGUACGGUACGGGACGGCCUAUUGUUGUGGUGCAGGACUUAACCCCUAAAGGGGGAGUUUGUCUGAGCUGGGCUGGAGUGCAUUACAAGACUUUUGAUGGCAAGAUUUAUAGCUUCGAGUCUCCCUGCCAACAUAUCUUGGUUCGCGACGCGAAGAACCACCAGUACUCAGUGGAGGUCAAACAUGGAGUCUGCAAGAACCCUGCGAAAUGUCCCAGUGAACUCACCAUGUAUUUAGAUGACAAGCUUUAUAAUCUGGCUGUUGGAGAGGACGGAUCAGUGCUGUUCCGUAACACCAAGCGUCUGAUCCCGAUGCCGGCGUCUCUCCCGGGUAUCCGGGUGUCCAUGCCCAGCGACUAUGUGAUCGUCAACCUGGAUACUGUCGGAGUCACUAUCAAGUGGGAUACUAAUAACAUCAUCCAAGUAGAAGGGUCAGUUCUCCUAUGGAACAACACAGAAGGUCUCUGCGGCACAUUGGACGGCAACCCGGAGAAUGACUUCAUGACCAGAGAUAAGACGAUAGCUAAGACCAAGUCAGUUCUCGCUUCUUCGUGGCAGGUGCAUAAGAUUGACGAUAUAUGCGACAGCAAGCCGACGGAGACGAGCGCGUGCGCAUCCACCUCCGACGAGGACAUGAAGCGAGCACAGCUCUUCUGUAACAAGAUAUUCUCGCAAAACAAGUUUAGGAAAUGCUCUAAGGUAAUGGAUGUGACCUUGUUGCUGGAGGCUUGUCAAUGGGAUUACUGCGCUUGUACUACGAUUUUAAGUCCCGAGGAAUGUGCCUGCAGCACAGUUUCUGUGUACGCCAAAGAAUGCCUGCGUCAUGGCGUCGAGGAAAUGAAGCAAUGGCGUGAUCCUAACACUUGCCCCAUGCAGUGCCCAGAAGGUAAGAUCUACAAACCAUGCGGGCCCGAUGUGCAGCCAAGCUGUGCGUUUCCCUCCGUCUCCGGGAACAACUCUUGCGUGGAAGGGUGCUUCUGUCCCGAGGGUCUGUUGCUGGAGGAGGGCAAGUGUGUGCCGAAGGCCGAGUGUCCUUGCCGACUCAGGAAUAAGAGCUUCAAGCCGGGAUCUACGAUACGGAAGGACUGUAAUACUUGCACCUGCGAGGCGGGCGAGUGGACAUGCACGGCGAUUGCGUGCGGGGCCCGAUGCAGUGCCAUCGGGGACCCUCACUACAGCACGUUCGACGGACUGCGCUACGACUUCAUGGGGCACUGCACCUACACCAUGCUGCAGGCUGACAACAUUACUGUGGAGGUCGAAAAUGUCGCUUGUUCUGGCGCUGUUACUGAGGCAAUGAACUUAAGCCCCUACAAAGGGGAAGGCAAACCAUCCUGCACUAAAGCGGUAAACUUAAACUAUGAUGGCGCGAAUAUCCACAUGAAGCAAGGAGGUUUCAUACUCGUGAACGGGGGGGAGGUGUCCAGCUUGCCUGUCAUGGUGGGAGAUAUCAGGAUCAGAGCUGCGUCUUCUAUGUUUAUUAUUGUUCAACUGCCGAACAAAGUGGACCUAUGGUGGGAUGGCAACACUCGUGUCUUCAUCGACGUUCCUGCUGAAUUCCAAGGAAAGACUAAGGGUCUCUGCGGUACGUUCAAUCUAAACCAAAAAGACGACUUCCUAACUCCUGAGAAGGACAUAGAGCAGUCAGCUCUAGCGUUCGCCAACAAGUGGAAGACCAGGGAGUUCUGUGCCGACAUCGAUACGAAGGAGCCGGAACAUCCUUGUAAGGCUAACAUGGAGAAUAAAGAAGCUGCUGAGAAGUAUUGUAGCAAGCUCAAGAGUAAGGUGUUUGAAGCGUGUCGUUGGUACGUGGACGUGGAGCCAUACUACGAGUCGUGCGUGUACGACAUGUGUGCAUGCGGCAGUGACGCGUCGCGGUGCCUGUGCCCCGUGCUCGGAGACUACGCGAUGGCCUGCGCCAAGGCUGGCGUGCUCAUACAGUGGCGGUAUGAGGUCAAGGAGUGUGAGGUGCAAUGCACGGGGGGCCAGGAGUACACGGUGUGCGCGGACAGCUGCCUGCGCAAGUGCGCGGACAUGGCGCUGGCGGCCAGCGGCACCUGCACGCCCUGCUGCGUCGAGGGCUGCGCCUGCCCGCCGGGACAGCUCCUAGAUGACAACAACCUUUGCGUCCCGACUGCUCAAUGCCCGUGCUACCACAAGGGGCUGCAGUUCAAUGCCGGGUACAAGGAAGUUAGGGCCGGAAAACGAGAAAGGGAACUAUGCACGUGCGUGGGCGCUCGUUGGGACUGCAUCCCGGCGACUCCGACGGACAUACAGAACUACCCGCCCGCCGAGGACCUGCGCAGCAACUGCAGCGCGUCAAACAAUAUGGAGUUCACCACUUGUGAGAUUGCUGAACCGCUUACCUGCAAGAACAUGCACCUUCCGCCAACAUCAACAACAGCGGAAUGUCGACCCGGCUGCCAAUGCAAGAAGGGCUUCGUGCUAGACACGAUGUCCAAGAAGUGUGUGUCUCCCACCCAGUGCCCCUGUCACCAUGGCGGACGCAGCUACCCUGACGGACACCUCAUGCAGGAGGAGUGUAACACCUGCGAAUGCAAGAGCGGCAACUGGUCAUGUACAACCCGCAAGUGCGCAGGAGUGUGUUCAGUGUGGGGCGACUCGCACGUGGUGACCUUCGACGACACCGACUAUGACUUCGAGGGGGUCUGCACCUAUCUGCUGGCCAAGGGGGUCAUGGACUCCAAGGAUGGAUUUGACGUAGAAAUACAGAACGUGCCAUGCGGUACUACAGGAGCCACCUGCUCGAAGUCAGUAACCCUGAAGGUCGGCAGAGGCGACAGCGAGGAGAUCGUCGCACUCACGAAGGAUUCACCCAUACCUGAUAUAUCGAAACUUAAGAGGAUCAAAAUGCGUAUAGCUGGUGCAUACGUGUUCCUGGAUGUACCGACAUUGGGCAUGAGCCUCCAGUGGGACCGCGGUAUGAGGGUCUAUGUCAAGGUUGACUCCAUCUGGCAAGGAAGGGUGAAAGGUCUAUGCGGUAACUACAACGGCGACAUGAGAGACGACUUCCAGACACCCUCAGGUGGAAUGGCGGAGUCUUCUGCACUUAUAUUCGUGGACUCCUGGAAGUUGAAGCCUACGUGUCCUAAACCACAGAAGCUUAUUGACCACUGCAAACAACGUCCAGAACGCAAGGAAUGGUCAUCAACCAUCUGUAGUCACAUGAAACAGUUCCCCUUCACCCUCUGCCACGCAGAAGUCCCCCCCUCCCCCUACAUCGCUCGCUGUACUCGCGACGCCUGCGCCUGCGACGCGGGCGCCGACUGCGAGUGCGCGUGCACGGCGCUAGCUGCGUACGCGCAUGCUUGUGCUCAUAGGGGAGUGACCUUCAAGUGGAGGAGUCAGGAGUUGUGCCCGAUGCAAUGUGACGAGGAGUGUUCGAACUACGACGCGUGCAUAUCAGCGUGCCCCGUGGAGACGUGCGACAACACCCUGUAUUAUACCGACAUGAAGACCAACUGUGAACAGGAUACGUGUGUUGAAGGUUGCAAACCCAAAAAAUCCUGCCCCGAAGGCCAAGUCUACAAGAACAGCACCCACAAAGAUUGCGUGCCCCGCGCCAAAUGCAAGCCGGUGUGCAUGACCUUACCCGACGGCAGGGAGUUGGCAGAAGGAGACAUUAUAGAGGAGGAUGCUUGUCAUACCUGCCGCUGUUCCAAGAAGCAGAGGAUCUGUACUGGACAGCCUUGUACUACUGUUGAAGUGCCAAUUAAAGAGGCGACAUCACCGAAGCCUCACGACGAGCCCCUGAAGUGUGUGACCGGCUGGACCUCGUGGAUCAACAGGGGACCUCCCGAACUCGGACCCAACGGAGAGUCCAUUGACAACGAGCCGCUGCCGAAACCCAAUGAACUGGCUAUAGGCACCCCAAUGUGCAAAGAAAGCAUGAUGACGAAGAUCGAGUGCCGCACGGUGACAGACCACAAGUCGCCCAAGGAGACAGGCCUGGACGCGGAGUGUAGCCUGCAACGAGGACUCUACUGCAAGGAGGGAGGGGGCAGGAAGUGUGAGGACUUUGAGAUCAGGGUCUACUGUGAAUGUGAAGAACCAUCGAUCUGCGAGAACUCUCUACGUCCAAACGAGCCACACCCGACUGACUGCACGAAGUUCUACGAGUGUGCUCCUGACGGUCCGGUACUGAAGUCAUGCGGGCCCGGCACCUGGUACAAUAACGUCACCAUGGUCUGCGACUGGCCUCAAGCUGUGGCUCUCGUCAGGCCUGAGUGUUUUGUUGUUGGAGAGACCACGACCUCUACGGUAUCUCCCACGACGUCCCGCUGUCCCCCGGGACAGGAGUUCUCUUCCUGCGCGUACCGCUGUGACAGUCUCUGCGAUUACUUCAAGAGGACAGUUUCUCUGCGAUUACUUCAAGAGGACAGUUCUCUAAUAUAUUCACAAUCUUGUGUAGGAGAGACCACGACCUCUACGGUAUCUCCCACGACGUCCCGCUGUCCCCCGGGACAGGAGUUCUCUUCCUGCGCGUACCGCUGUGACAGUCUCUGUGAUUACUUCAAGAGGACAGUGCUGGCUAAGGGACGGUGUAUUGGAGAGAAAUGCAUAGAAGGUUGCAUAGAAAAGCCAUGCGAGGAAGGCUCUUUCUGGCGCGAUGAGAAGACUUGUGUGCCCAAAAAGGAUUGCACCUGCUUCGCUAACGACAAGAUGAUUAAGCCCGGCGGAGUCACAACGGACGGUUGCAUCAAAUGCCAGUGUCUCGACAACGCCAUGCAUUGCGACUCAAGCGACUGUGUCGAAGUCAGUACAUACGUGCCCGUGGGACCCACGCAUCAGCCAAUCAUAGAGCCGUAUAUCGUGCCCUCGCCUGCUACGAAGCCCACGACUACUACAACAACUACGCAGGCUACUACGCCGACUACGGUGACUACGCCAGUUGUGUAUGAGGAGACAAUACCGCCGCCUGAAUGCUCGCCUGAUGACUACAUAGACCUGAUGUUUGGAGACCAGCCACUGCCCGACUCCGCGAUCACAGCAAGUUCUGUCGCUGGCGACAUGUUUAAGCCACAAUACGCUAAGCUCAACGGACGUCCUCUUGCGAACUCUGCUGGCAGCUGGAAUCCGAAGGUCCAAGAUCUGAACCAGUACAUCCAAAUGGAACUGCCGCAACCUCAGCCAAUCUUCGGUGUCAUGAUGCAAGGCAGCCCGAUCUUCAACCAGUACGUCACCACCUACGAAGUUCUAUAUGGAGACGAACCCAAUAACCUGGUGGCUGUAAAGGGACCUGAUGGAAAGCCUAAGGUAUUCCAAGGACCUUUAGACAGCAAAACUCCAAAGAAGCAAAUGAUCGAACCUCCUGUCGAGGCCAAAGUCCUGCGCAUUCACCCUCUCUCCUGGCACGAAGACAUAGCAGUCAGGCUCGAAGUCAUUGGCUGUAAAACUCCUGUAUCUAGCACUGAGGCUCCAAUACCGUCUACUAUAACUCCUGGUACGAAGGCUACGGAGCCUACGACAGUUACUACGAAGGCUACGGAGCCUACGACAGUUACUACGAAGGCUACGGAGCCUACGACAGUUACUACGCCGACUACGCCUACGACACCUACUACGCCGACUACGCCUACGACACCUACUACGCCAACUACGAUUACUACGCCAACAAAAACGACAAUAGCGGCUCCAUUGAUCAUAGUUUCUACGGUGUCUCCACCACCUGUGUGUAAUCCUGAUAGCUAUGUAGAUCUGAUGUGGGGUGACCAGCCAUUACCGGACUCCGCGUUCAGCGCUAGCUCCGUCGCGAACGAUCUAUUUGAACCUCAGUAUGCUAAGCUUAAUGGACACCCUCUUGAUGUCACUGCGGGCAGCUGGAACCCAGCAACCCAAGACACGAACCAGUACAUCCAAGUGGAGUUCCCUCGCCGGGAGCCGGUGUACGGCAUCGUGAUGCAAGGCAGUCCUCUCUUCAACCAGUACGUCACGAGUUACUAUGUGAUGUAUGGUGAUGAUGGGAACACGUUUGCUACUGUUAAUGGACCUGAUGGGAAGCCUAAGGUGUUCCGCGGCCCAGUAGACCACAACAAGCCCAUGAAGCAGAUGAUAGAACCCCCCAUAGAAGCGAAGGUGUACCGCGUGCAGCCUCUCACCUGGCACGAGGAGAUCGCAGUCAGGUUCGAGCUGAUAGGAUGCAGGGAGCCCAGUGCUGAUACUACUGUUACUACUGUCCUGCCACCGGCCAUAAAAUGCCUGGAACCGCUAGGCCUAGCUGCCGACUUACCCAUAGAGAGCAUAGAAGUGAGCUCCAACAACGACGCCAGGAAGUACUUCAAACUCGACGGAGAGAGGGGCUGGAGGCCACUGUAUAGCACGCCGGGAGAAUGGAUCAUGUUCAACUUCACCUCCCCGCGCAACAUCACAGGCAUCAAAACUAAGGGCGGACCUUUAGGCUGGGUCACCACCUACAAGAUCAUGUACACCUCCGAUCUAUCCACCUUCAAUCCCGUGGUGGACGACAACGGGAAUCCCAAGAUAUUCCCCGGGAACUUCGACAAAGAUACCACGGAUGUUACCGAGUUUAAUCCCCCGAUUCAUGCGCAGUAUCUGAAGGUGUUGCCAAUUUCGUGGAAGGAUAAUAUUGAAAUGAGAAUCGAGCCUAUAGGAUGCUUUGAGCCUUAUCCUGUCACAGAGAAACCGUUAGAACCCACAACACCAGGCUACAGACCGAAGAUAGAAACCCCCCCACCAUGUGAGAUGUGUCCUGGCGUGGAGAAGAUCUUCGAGACAUGCGACUGCCAGCCGCCUACGCAGUACUAUGAUGGCGAGAACUGCGUCACCAGGGACCAGUGCUCCUGUGUCGAGUCCUUCAUGACGUACCCAGUAGGGUCUACAUUCCGCGGAUCCAACUGCGACGAGUGCGUGUGCAAGCUGGGCGGCAUCACUGAUUGUACUCCUGUUAAACAAUGCAAGUGUGCACCGGACCUAGUACCGAAACUAUCACCUUCAACCUGCGAGUGCCUCUGCGAGCCUUGCACCAACGGCACGAAGAUCUGCCCCACCAGCAAGCUCUGCCUACCCCUCGACAAGUGGUGCGACGGCCUCCAGGACUGUCCUGAUGAUGAGAAGGAUUGCACCACCAGUACCACGGUCACCACGCCUAGGACUAUGGUUAAAGAGGCUGUGGUGGUGACUACGGAAGCCCCGGCUACGGUAGCAGCUGUUGUAACUACGCUUGCACGGUUCGAUGACGCCAAACGGCUUAGGCAGGCAGCGAGAACGUAUUAUACACAAAUCCGAGGCGACCUUAUUCCUACCUUCCGACAUGCUCCAAUCAAAAUCAAACAGAAAACUAUAUCAGCCCACAAUAAACACUCCAACUCAGUCACUACAAUAAAACCUAAACCGGGUGCUGUCGAAUGCCCGAAGGUGGAAUGUCCCCCUGGGUACAGCGUUUACUACACGACCACGGAGCCCAGUGUCUCCCGACCCUCGUAUGGCGUUGCCACUGAACUGCCUCCUCCAAGACCUAGGUACUCCUACCAGAGGUACUACAGAGGAUCUAAGGGUGGCUACUCGAAGGGUGGAUACUCUAAAGGCGGAUAUGCGAAGAAUGGAUAUUCUAAAGGCGGAUUCUCGAAGGGAGGUUACGGUCUUCCCCCACCACCACGACCAAACCAAGCCUUCUCACUCGACAAACCGGACAUAGUGACUCCCACUCAAGCGCCGAAACAAGAAUGCGCACAAUUCAAGUGUGUGCCGAAAUUACCCCCCUACAAGCCCGGCGGAGUCACUCCGACUCCUGUGUGUUCUGUAGUCACUUGUCCUAGUGGCUAUACUCUGAGAUUGGACUCUGAGGCUUCGGGAUACAGCAAGUGCCCCGUGUACGAAUGCGUGCCGCCUCCGGAACGUCCAGUAUACUGCAACGUGACCGGCCGCACGUUCAACACGUUUGACGGCACCGAGUACAAGUAUGACGCCUGCUUCCACAUCCUGGCGAGAGAGAACAGAUUCGAUGCUUGGACUAUACUCGUACGCAAGAAGUGCCGUCUCGACGGCUGCCAGAACGAACUGAUAAUCCUGCAAGAUGACCAGCUCAUCAUGGUGAAACCCAACAUGAUGAUAGAGUACGACAACUACGAGUAUACCGUCGAGCAGACCAGCAAGAUCUGCUUCCAGAAGAACAGCUUCAAUGUAGGAAGGUUAGGCAACGGCAUCGCCAUCAAGAGUCGGAAGUAUAACUUCACUGUGCUCUAUAAUUCGGAAGGUGAUAUUAAGAUUGGGGUAUUCAAGAGCUACAUGGGUUCAGUGGACGGUCUCUGCGGUACGUUCGACGGCGAGGCUCAGAAUGACCGGCGCUUACCUGACGGACGUCUAGCCACUAGUAUAGACGAGUUCGGCCGCGGCUGGGCCAAGCCCGGCCUGCCGCCUAACGCUUGCCAGACCCAGGUUAUUUCCGAUCAGAAGCAGAAGAAGGCUUGGAAGCUUUGUGAUGUUAUUACCAAUCAGCCAUUCUCCCAAUGUGGCCGCGUACUAAACCUUCACAAAUGGCGCAACAUCUGCUUAGAGAAGAUCUGCUCUUGCUCGGAACUGCUGGUGAACGGCACCCGACGUACUGAGGAGCAGUGCCGCUGCCUGCUGCUGGAGCAGCUCGUGGCCGAGUGCCUCGCUGCCGACAACAACGUGGACCUGUCCAACUGGAGGAUGAUGAUGGACUGCCCGGCCGACUGCCCCCCACCUCUCGUCCAUUACGACUGUUACCGCAAGCAGUGCGAGCCUCGCUGCUCGGAGAUGGGCACAGCCAACGUCGCGUGCGGCACGGAGGACGGACAGUGCUUCCCCGGCUGCUACUGUCCGGAGGGCAAGCUGAGGAAGGGAGACCAGUGUGUGGUGCCUGCUGAUUGUCUUGACUGCACCUGCAACGGCGUAGGAACCCCAGCUAAAUACGUGACCUUCGAAGGAGACGACUUACCCUACCUGGGUAACUGCACAUACCUCGCCUCACGGGACAGAAACGAGACCGGCCAUCAUCAGUAUGAGGUCUACUCGACUAAUGGGCCUUGUGAAGAUAAUGAUGCUGUCGUCUGCACGAAGGUUGUGCAUCUGGUGUACGAGAAGAAGGUCAUCCAUGUUAGCAAGGAUAAGGAUAAUAAUAAGUUGCUCACCACGAUUGAAAACGAAGCAGUAUUCAAGUACCCGGUUAAGAAGGACUGGGUGACCAUCACACAGGAGAACGGACAAGACGUUACCAUUCUGCUUCCUGAUAUACACGUUGAGCUGACAGUCCUCCUAGCCAAGAUGGAAUUCAGGGUUCGAGUACCGUCAUACUUGUACGCGAACAAAACGGAAGGACUUUGUGGCGUAUGCGCCGGGUACCAAGAGAUGCUCGUCACCAGCAAUGGCACCCAAACCGAUGAUUUUGAUGAGUACGGCAAGAGCUGGCAAGCCACCCCGUCAGACCUGCAGACCCUGGACAUAUCAGAGCAGGCGCAGUGCUCGCAGCCGCCGCCGCCGCCCGAGUGCGUGCUGCCCCCACCGGAGUCUAACCCCUGCUAUAAUCUGUACAAUGCUGAUCGGUUUGGAGCUUGUCACGCGCUAGUAGAACCACAAUCAUUCGUAGAGGCUUGUGAAGCGGAUCUAUGCGCAAACGCAACGGACGCCUGCGUCGCGUUAGAGCGAUACGCGGCCGAGUGUCGGCGACAGGGAGUCUGUCUGCAGGACUGGAGGACUGACCUGUGUCCUUAUCCUUGCGCGGAGCCUCUCGUGUACCGCGCGUGCGUGACAUGCGAGCUGACGUGUGAGAACAGUGACGAACUCACCAAGAACCCCGACAAGUGUGACCAACCUGCUGGCGAGGGAUGCUUCUGUCCUGAAGGAAAGGUGAAAGUGAACAACACGUGCAUAGAGCCAACAAAAUGCUUCCCAUGCGACGCCAACAAGGAACACUUCGCUGGUGACCAGUGGCAGGAGGAUGCAUGCACUAAAUGCAGCUGCAGCAAGUUAUCAGGCGAGAACACAGCUCACGUGUCGUGCACUAAGCAGACGUGUGUGGCGCCGCUAUGUGCCGACACCGAGGAUCUUAUCACCAAGCCGGCCAAGCCGGGACAGUGCUGCGCUGAACAUUUAUGUGUACCCAAACCGAAGAAGAACUGUACUGAGGCCAAGAAGAUGGACUGCGGUUUCGGCCAAGUCCUGAAACAGAAGACUACAGCCGACGGAUGCACCGAAUUUGCUUGUGAAUGCAUGCCCACAAGUCAAUGCCCGCCCAUACCUGACGAGAAGGAGGUGGAAGUCUUCGAGCCCGGCAUGGAGCGCGUGGUGGACAACAGUGGCUGCUGUCCAAAGGCCCAGUUCCUGUGCAAACCGGAGACCUGUCCCAAGCCACCGGACUGCCCCAAGUUCCAUGAUCUCAAGACUUACAAUGUGUCUGGGAAGUGCUGUGUCGAGUAUAAGUGUGAACUGCCUAAGGACAAGUGCGUGGUGAAAUUGGAAUGGGAAGCGGCGUCCAAGGGCGGAGAGAAGGCGAGAACCACACCACAGACCAUGUUAAAAGAUAUUGACGCAGUAUGGCUGGACGGUCCAUGCCGCUCCUGCCGCUGCGAGUCGUCGACCCUGGGCACGUCAGCGCGCUGCACGGCCACGGAGUGCCCCAGUGUGGUCAGCACCGAACACUUCGUGCUCGAGCCCCGCCCUGUGCCCUUCCAGUGCUGUCCCAGGGCUGUGCAUGUGGCUUGUAGAGAUGGAGAUGACAUCUAUAAGGUGGGCGAGAACUGGACGUCCCCGCUGAACCCGUGCGAGAGCUACCUGUGCAAGCAGACGGACACGGACGGCAAGCUCGAGAAGAUCACCACCGUGCAGCAGUGUCACACUGACUGUCAGCCGGGCUGGAAGUACUUCCCCGCACCACCUAACAGCAAAGAGUGCUGCGGCAAAUGCGAGCCGGUGGCCUGCGUGGUGGACGGCGUCGAAAGACCUAUAGGAGCCAAGUGGACUUCUUCAGACUUCUGCGCUAACUAUACCUGUGUUAAUGUUGAUGGCACUCUUCAAGUGCAAUCGUCAAACGAGACGUGCGUGGAAGUGUCGGAGGCUACCAGGAAGCAGUUCGUGCUGGACCAGGAGAAGGUGGCCGGCCAGUGCUGUCCUAAGGAGGAACCUGUCGCCUGUAGAGUUGGCAACGCUAUCUAUAAGGAAGGUCAAACCUGGACAUCACCUACCGAACCUUGCAAGAACACGACCUGCGCUCGCGACUACAACGGCAAACUAACCCACAAGGACAGCGUACAAACCUGCGCAGACGCAGCCGGCUGUAAGCGCGGCUGGACAUAUGUACCGCCUGCCCACGGCGUCUGCUGCGGACACUGUGUGCAGACACACUGUGUGGUAGAGGAUAAGGUGGUGGCUCCUGGUACAACCUGGCAGUCUCCGGACAACUGCACGACAUUCACUUGCGACGCGACCGGUGAUGACGUGUUCGUGACGUCAUCGCCGGCCGUCUGCCCCGACGUGUCGGCCUGCAAGCCUGAGCACAUUGUCAACGACACCUGCUGCCGGCUCUGUAAGGAACCGCCUGAGAACUUGAGUAAGUGGAUAUAUUGCAACUAUAUGAACGACAUACACGUGCGACAAUCCGGCGAUGACGUGUUCGUGACGUCAUCGCCGGCCGUGUGCCCCGACGUGUCGGCCUGCAAGCCCGAGUAUAUCGUCAACAACACCUGCUGCCGGCUCUGUAAGGAACCACCUGAGAACUUGAUAAGUGGAUAUAUUGCAACUAUAUAUACGACAUAUACGUGCGACAAGUCCGGCGAUGACGUGUUCGUGACGUCAUCGCCGGCCGUGUGCCCCGACGUGUCGGCCUGCAAGCCCGAGUAUAUCGUCAACGACACCUGCUGCCGGCUCUGUAAGGAACCACCUGAGAACUUGAGUAAAUGCGUGCCGACAACCAUCCCAUCUUCAGAGACGGUGGGUGUAGUGCGAGUCCACGACCAUAGACACGGCCUGUGUGUCAACAAACAACCUAUCAAGGGACUCAAAGAGUGUCGCGGCUCCUGUGACUCGGGCACGCUCUAUAAUAACCAAACCGGUAUCCACGACUCUCGCUGCGAGUGCUGCGCGGCGACAGAGUAUGGCUCCCUGGAUGUAACACUGAGUUGCGAGGACGGCAGCCCGCGCCCGCACAUCCUGGCCUCGCCGCGCGCAUGCGCAUGUACUGCUUGCGGCGCCGGCGCUACGCCGCACUGGCCUUCUAAAGGAGGUUACGCCGGAGUUAAAGUGCCACCAAAAAGACCAUCGUUCGAAGAAGAAGACAUCAUCCCUCAGAUAUACCAACGAUUUGGCUCCUCCCCCCGGCCGAUACGAUAAACUA